UCGAUACCUUAUAGACAUCACCCUGCAAACGACUAGCCGCCGCUCCAACCUUUUGCCUCCCUUCCAUUUGCCCCAUCACUAGCCCCGUAUUAUUGCCAAACAUUCAUCAUGUUCGACAGCUUCUCCCUCAACCACAUUCCCGGCCUCUUCGUCGCCACAGCGCUGACAUUUGGUGGCAUGUGGCCUAUCUUUAAUCCCAAGUCUGCAAUCCGCGAGAUGGGGUUUCCUCAGCGUCUAUACGAUUCCAAAGAAGCACAGUCCAUCAUGACGCUUGGCAUGGGCCGUACCACUGUUAUUGGAAUGACACUUUACACGUUUUACUUCCAGGACAAGUUCGUUGAGGUUGAUACGCUGCUCUUCAUCUUGGGUGCCUACCUUGGUGGAAUCGAUGCCUACAUGUGUCUCAAAGAGGGCGUACCAGGAAAGGCUUUGUUCCGAGGCUCGAGUGGUGUGGCUAUCUCUGCAAUCGGUUGGUUUGGACUUACCGCCUGGGCAUGAGAGUAGGUAAGGCUCGUGUGGCAAGGAAAUUGGACAAUUUUAUUCAGAGAGAGUGGUGAGGAUUCCAUCACCUAGUGAAUACAGUCUUCAUGCGAAGAAACUGUGACCUUGCGCUUUACGAAUGCGGUCCUCGAUACGUCGCUCUGUGAUAGGUAUCAGGC